GAAUAUAAAAUCUUUCCAUGCUUGGUCAUUCAAAAGUCAAUAUAAUAAACAAAUUCCCUUAAGUUUACCAUUUCCCAAUUUUAGAAUAUUUUAUAUUGUUUUUCUUUAAAUGAAACUAAUAAUGCAUAGACAAUUAGACAUUUGUGAUUUGUCAAUCGUCAUUUUUUUUUUGAAAAUAAAAAUGAUUAAUUCCUAUACACCAAAAUCUCUCAGAGUUGUCAACAAAUAAAAUAAAAAUGAUUAAUUCCCAUAUUUGCAAGAACAAGAAGUAGCAAGAAAGCAACAUGACUCACCUUAAAAAAAAAAAAAAAAGCUACGUGACAAUUGACGCAGAUUGCGUCACCCCCUUUCAUAUUCUUCCCACUAAAUUUUUUUGGUGUUUAGAGAACCACAAGCAAAGGUGAUGAGAAUCGAUCCCAUCAUCUCUUGGAAUCAAAAGGGGAGUUCUUUCAACUUGAACUAUCCUUCACUCUCGUAUUCUUCCCACUGUAUAAAGCAAAGUAAAAUCAUAAAUCUCAUUCAUCUUCUAUCCAUAAAUAAAUGUGGCUUUCCUGUUCGACUGUUUGUAUUUGAUAACCCCUUCUAUCUUUUCAGGCAAAUAAUGGUUUCAAGAAAAAUAUUUUUGUACAUAUUAUUCUUAUUUUUCUCAAUUUUGCUGUCCACAAAAAGUAGUUCAACACAACCUCUUGUUCCAGGGCUUUAUAUAUUUGGUGAUUCAACAUUGGAUAAUGGGAAUAAUAAUUUAUUGCCUACAUUGGCUAAGGCUAAUUAUUUCCCAUAUGGUCUCGAUUUUCCUGGAAGUUUACCAACGGGAAGAUUUACUAAUGGAAAAACCGUUGCCGAUUUUAUAGCUGACUACCUUGGAGUGCCGUAUCCUCCUCCACGAGUUAGCGUAUUCCAGCCAAUGUCGUAUUUGGGGUAUAACUACGCCUCUGGGUCUUGCGGAAUUCUUCCUGAAACAGGAAAGUUUAUUGGUGAAUGCUUGAAUUUAGAUGAACAAAUGAAAAUGUUCAAAGAGACAGUUGAAAAACAGUUGUCCUCAAAAUAUAAAAACUCAGUCGAGCUUUCCCAACACAUGGCCAAGUCUAUUUUCAUUUUCUCAGUGGGAAAUAAUGAUUACAUCAAUACUUAUUUUGGUCCUGUUCAGACAAGGAAACAAUAUAAUCCUCAACAAUUUGCACAACUCCUCGUUGAUACACUAUCACUAAAAUUACAGAAACUCUAUAAUUUCAGAGCAAGGAAGAUUCUGGUGUUCGAACUAGGUCCAAUUGGUUGCAUUCCAUCGAUUGUUAAGAGUUCAAAACUAAAUGGAAAAUGCGAUGAAAUUAAAAAUGAAAUCGUGAAUAUGUUCAACACUCAACUUGGAUUAUUGCUCAAGAAUUUAACUACUACUCUCCAAGACUCACAUUUUAUUUUAGGGAAAGCACAUGGACUAGGAUAUGAUGCUGUCAUCAAUCCCACAAAAUAUGGGUUAAGAGAUAGUAGCAAUCCGUGUUGCAAUGCAUGGGGAAAUGGUACAUUCUCGUGCAUACCAGUGGAAGCACCAUGCUUAGCACCCGACGAACACUACUUUUGGGAUGGCUAUCAUCUAACUCAAGCAACAUAUUCUGUUAUUGCAUCUCAAUGUAUUAGUGGUUCUGAUGUUUGUCUUCCUAUGAAUAUCCAGCAGCUUGUUCAAGUUUAAGAUACAAUUUAUGGCUUAAUUAGCGAGUUAUAAUUGGACAAAUAGGUCAAAUUAUUGAUAGAUAUUAAAUUAGCACAUUUUCUAUGAUUAUAAAUCAAGGAAAU